AUGCGCUUCACCCAGCUCGCCGUGCUUGCAGCCUCUGUCCUCGCCGUUUCGGCGGCUCCUGGCCCUGGCCUGACCCCGGAGGGUCUGGAGGAAUUCUACAAGAUCGUCAACGCCGCGCACGAGUCCCCCGCCGACGCGGAUCUCGAGAAGCGGUGCUGCUCGGGUGUCUGCUGCGACUACUCGAACUGCGUGACCGGCGUCGCGCCUUGUAUCUACAACUGCGCCAAUAUCCCCAAUGCUGGUGGCGUUGCUGGAUGCAUUGCUGGUACGGAUCUGGGAGCCUGGCUCAUGUCGUUGAUUUGUUUCUGCUGGCUAGGUACAGGAUAG